AUGAGUCCUAAACCUUUUAAUGCAGUAAUUUCACGGCCCUUCUCGGCUGUGCGAAGUCUUCGAAAAGCUGCAAAAACUGCAAGUUCUGGGAGCCAAGGGUCUCCAAACUCACCAAAAUACAAACCGUUGUCACGCGCGCAACUUGCUUAUCUAGAUCGUGCUAUCAGAGUGGACCAGGCAGGCGAGCUCGGUGCCAAUUACAUAUAUGCGGGGCAGUACUUCGUUUUGGCUAACAAAUAUCCACAUUUAAAGCCUGUUUUACAACACAUGUGGGAUCAAGAAAUUCACCACCAUAAUACGUUUAAUGAGCUACAAUUGCAACGCAGGGUGCGGCCAAGCUUGUUUACCCCUCUGUGGAAACUUGGCGCUUUUGCCAUGGGUAGUGGGACAGCACUCAUAUCUCCGGAGGCCGCAAUGGCGUGUACGGAAGCUGUUGAGACCGUUAUAGGAGCGCAUUACAACGACCAAUUGAGAUGUCUCAACAAUCAGUACGAAAUGGAAUCUACAGAGGGCCAAAAGGGCCAAAGCCGGGAAAUUCUAAAUCUAACUUCAACCAUUAAGCAGUUCAGGGACGAAGAGCUAGAACAUCUGGAUACAGCCGUCGAACACGAUUCUCAUAAGGCUGUACCAUACGUCAUGCUCACCGAAGGAAUCAAACUGGUUUGUAGAUCAGCCGUAUGGACAGCCGAACGUAUUUGA